AUGGGCGGAAAGCGCCUCCGACAAACACAACUGCUGAACGUCGACGAACUUCUUCCUGAAAAGAAAACCAAGAUUAUGCAGGAAGUGCCGCCGUCUUUGGGUGCGGUUAAGGAUAGUGAUAGAAGUACUAUCUGGAAGCUCUCUAGAAAAAGCCAAACCAUAGUUUCCAGUUUCGGGAAACAAAGUAAUGUGAUUGGAAACCACAUAGCUUCAUUUCGGGAAACCAAUGACAAAAUUAGGGACGAGAUCCAGGAAGACCUAGCAAAAUCAUUGACUAAAGUGGCAACUGAGAUUGAUGAAAAAGGAGAGGAAGCAGUGAAGGUCUCAUCUUGCGAUCCAUUGAAUGUUGCUGCGAUGGUGGAAACUGAACUGUUCAGAGCCUGGGGAUCUUGUAGCAGAACCAACAAAGCCAAAUAUUGGUCGGUGAUGUUCAAUUUGAAAGAUGAUAAGAACCCUAAUUUCCGGAAGAAAGUUCUUCUUGGGGAGUUUAGCUCUGAAUCAAUCAGUCAGUUGACAACAAAAGACAUGGCAAGCCAGACGAGAAAGUUGGAGAACGAGCAAAUCAGGGGAUUGCCGAAGUUCAAUCGCGAAAUACUUCCGGCACCGGAGCAAAAGGGAGAAGGGAAUCAGGAGCUGCAGUGCUGUAGAUGCGAGUUUUCUGCAACAACUUAUAGUCCGAUGUAG